CCAACUUUAAAUCGAUGCUACAGGGUAUCUCACUCAUAGCGAGAAACCCCUGGGACCUUGGUAGAAGGCAUCCCAAAGGAAAGGCACUACGAAAAAAAAACAGCACUCCCUCCGCCUGAGCGCGGAAGCAACAGUUCUACUUCUGCGUCUUGAUCUUUCAAGCUGAACUUCAACCGAAACCCACCUCCUGUGACACAGAAGCCUCGUUGGGAGUGGUGAAGGAGCAAAAGUAUGUCCCAGGGUGUAGUAAAUGUUCUGCAGUGGUGAGGGAAGGGCAGGACUUCUGUGUGUUCGCUGUCGGGCCUUUCUGGGGAGAUUUCCAGAGUGUUGGAUGCAAUCGUUUGUUUCACUUUCGUGUUACGGUACUUUUGCCUUGGACGUCCAGGGACUUCACGCAGAUCGACGGAGGAACAUGAAGCCCCUCCAUCUGGCAGUGCUGCUGCUCGUUCUGCAGAAUAUAAAAGGUGUCUACCUAUCGACCUCAAUGGAAAGUCAUGUUACUCAAAAUGAGUCAUCAAUUACCAGCACCUUCAGUUCAUCACAGUUAGGCUUCAGGCGAUUGAAAAGGCAGAGUAACUGUGAACCUGAACAGUAUAUGUCAGACGAUUCAACACAGUGUUGCUCUAAGUGUCCGCCAGGUACUCGUUUGAGGGAAUCCUGCACCAAAACUUCAAAUUCCAGCUGUGUUGAUUGUGGAAACGAGGAAUAUACAGAUGUUAAUAAUAGUUUGCAUUACUGUCUCCGAUGUUCUCGAUGCCAGGAAGGAAAUGGUCAAGAAGUAGAAGCCAAGUGUAAUAAAACCCAUAAUACAAAAUGCCAUUGCAUGAAGAACUUUUUCUGUAAGACUCCUGGAAAAUGUAACAUGUGUCUUCCUUGUAAAGAAUGUAACGCUGAAAUUGAGGAGACUGUACACAGUUGUACGGAAACCAAUAACACAGUCUGCAAGGCAAAAGAAAAGGACCAACGGCUAGUUGCUUUGGUGGUAUUAAUACCAAUAGCAAUGUUCGUGGCUGGAAUUCUAUACUGCAAAAAGGAAUCCCUCCCAUGCAAUAGAAAGCCAAAAAGCAACGGCAUUAAGGAGUGGGUGCCAUUCAUUGACAGCUCCCAGCCUAAACCAGAGGAACCAGUUGUACCAGACAUUAAGCUCUCAGAGGAGACCCUGCAGUUGAUUGUGGAAGAGAUUGUACCAAAAACCUACCACCAGCUUGGGAUACAUUUGGGGCUGACUGAACCUAAGCUGCAAGAGCUUGAAGCUAAUUACCAUGAUGAUGUAAAUCGGCAAGGAUAUUAUAUCCUGUAUUACUGGCUCCAGGGUUAUGGGAAGAAAGGAGCCUUCCCUAAGCUGAUAGAUGUACUUAGAAAGGCAGGAUUUGUUUGUGCAGCUGAAAAUAUUAUAAAGAAAUUGAACUAUGCGGAAGAAAAUACAACUGAAAUUAUCUAACUGGAUGUGAGUGAAACUGGCCAAGCAACUGAACUUGUGUAUAUGCCUUUGAUACUUUCUUUGUGGUGUGGUUCUCACAAAACACUUGCAUUGUUUGGAGAUUUCAGGGUGUUAUUACUUACAAGUUAUGAACAUCCGUCUUUCAUAACCCUGAAUUCAACAAAAGCUAAUCAGGUACUAUAAGGCAAAGUCAAAUAUAAAAGAAAUCAGAAUUCCAGCAAAGAUUAACUAAAACUUUAAAGAGACAAUUUAAGGAAUCAGUUGUCUGGAAUUAAAAUGUUUAACUAGAAGUCUCUCUGUGUUAUGGUACCUGUGGUGCAAUUUGUCAUCUCACCCACUGGAAACGCGGGAGAAGUAGUAUUUUUGUGAUCUUCAUCUAAUCUUGGAUCAAUGCAGGAAUGUGUGAUAUAGAGAACUUCUCUCGUUUUAAGCUUGUGUUAAAAAAUGAGAUAGAUUUGAUACCACCCACCUCUACAUUACCAGGCUCUGGUAUAUUGGGCAAAUAUGCACUGAUGUAAGAAUUUUUCCAGUUUUAGUGUGAAUUUACCUUUUAUAAUUGAAAUGUAUGUACUGUAUAUAUAAUGCCUUGUAUUAAUUGAUUCCUGGACUCUAUAUUGGCUAGACACAGUGUUAAGAAAAGUCAAUUAAAACUGGACGUUAGGGAGUUCAGAGGGUUGCUGGUUGCAUCUUAAAUCCAGAAUUGCUUAACUAGGGAGCCAGAUAUUUAACCUUUUAUGUAGGUAAAGUAUGGCAGGUUCUCUAGGGCCAUUAUGAUGCAUUGUGGCUGAUUAGAUUCAAUGAUGUCAUAAGGAAAAGCCUGCAAACUCCCUCUUUAAUGUUUUCCCCUCAACUUAAAUGUAAUUAACAUUUAGUGAUUUAAUUCUCUGAAACUGUGCCAAAAGAAAAGCACUGAUAUAGCCAAACUGAUCCUCUUAGCACUUUGUUUAAUGAGAUGUCUUUUUCCAACUUUUUGGAAUGUCUAUAUUAUUUGCAUUUUGUUUACGUGAUAAACUUUGGAUGAAUUUGAGUCCACUGGUAUGAGUUUUGAACACAUUUUGAAAUAUGAAGGUCUUUCAAUAUUACUAACAACUUAAAGGUUAUGGAAAAAUGCUUGCAUCUUUAUACUGGUGAGAACUUUUCCAUCGUGUUCAAUGAAACACAAACUAUGUUCAGAGAAUAUGUAUGCACAAGAGUUAUAUUGAUGUCACUGACUGAUGUUAAUCUUGUGCUAUCUGUCCAGCAGUAAAGAAGGAAGUGCAUCUGGCUAAGUGUUCAGUAAUAUAGUGUUCAUUAACUCAAUGUAAUGAUUAGCAAUACUGAACUAUUCAGAAUGUGUGUAUUGAGUGAGAGGUCUUUAGUGAUUUAGCAGAACAGGGAGAGAGAACAAAUGGGGCCCACUAUGCUGCCCUUGUAGCGGUUGCUACCGCGGAAUAAAACAAGACUCUACUCGGAGGAUUGCCAAACAGAACUGGUUUAUUUUCCCACCUUGCGCGGGCCCUUUAAGGGAGAAUGUUCCCGCCCAAAACAACCGGUAAUGACGUAAGUCCUACGUCAUCAGGACUCUCCCGCGCGCGGGUUCUCCCCGUCGCUCGGAAAGACGAGGCCCGCCGCCAUCUUGGGCCUCGUCGCUCCGACACCGCGCGACCCGACUGCCGAGCCGGUUCGCCCGACUAGACGGUGAGUCGCCACACCCUCCCCUUUUUUCAUGUUUCAAUAUGGGUAGCAGACUUUAUGAGUUUCUUGUACUUUGUUCAAUAUCUUUUUUGGAUUUUAGUCAAGUACUGUUCAAAAGUGAUAACCUAGCCUAAUACCUGUUAAAUGUUGUCAAAAAAUAAACCAUAGAAUGCUGGAAAUGUUGUGAAUAAUUAUAAUUAAUCAACUGUAGAGGGAUGUAAUUUCGGAGGAAUUGACAGUGUAAUGAUUCUUUGAAAACCCUUAUGCAUUGAACUGCACUGAAGUCUGCUAAUAGGGUUAUUUGCGCAUUAUAGAGAACGUGAACAAAAAGAUUUGAAAAUACCUCAAUAUGAUUCUCUAUUUACUCCCUAUUGAUGUAUUAAUGCAUUAAAAUUAUGUUCUGCUUGUC